GGACGCCUCCCUGAGGAAGAAGGUGCAAGCUUGCCUCUGGGACGGGCCCUCCUUCUCGGAGGCCGUGGGCAAGUGGGUCGAAGGCCAGCGCCCCCGCUUCAAGAGAGAAGACCUGGACGGGAUGAAGCCCAAGGAGUUGCGGUCGUUGUGCGUCCAGUAUGGCGUCCUGCCAG